AUGGCGCCCAAAUCGACUCCGACUACUGAGAACAUCCGUCACGUAGAAGCGGCGUCAGACGAUUCCGUGGCUGCUUCCCUACCUCCCUUUGAGGUACCUUUUCUGGCGAUGACUUCUCAUGAGUUCAAGCGUGCAGUCAUAGCGGCGCUUGGGGCCUCUCGGACCGAUUUCCCAUUGAGCGAUGUCUUGACCGCGGCGGAUGAAGCCAGGAAGCUCCAAUGGCGAGGAAACAUCAGCUGGCCGGGUGGCCCUCAAACAGAUAACUUUAAUGUGACCCUCAGCUACAAGGCAUUUGGCGAACACGUGGCGCAGGCAGUACUUCCGAAGAGGUGUCGAUUGCAGUUGGUCAUGGAGAACCCUUUACGCCGCAUAGCGGACCCGUACGCCUUGGCGUCCGAGGUCUAUGUGCCGUUCAGGCCUAACGGUCACGAUUUGCCCCCGCCCAAUCACUGUUUCGUUCUGCAGCCGCCAGCGCCGUUCACCGAGGGAGGCAUCGAGCCGCCGACUUCAACUAGGGAUGGCACUCCUCCAACCGCCGGGGGGUUGGAUGCCCAGCGCUCGGCCGAAUCGAGUCCGUGCUGCUUGCUACGCGGGUAUUCCUCGUCUGCGACAGGUGAUGAGGUCCAUGAGCCCGAAUUCGCGAGGGCUUCAACUCAUGAGAGUUCUCGGCAACAAUCUGCUCACCCCAAUCUCGGACGGUCGAGCGAGUCGCCUCCGCCGUUGGCCGAUGACAAUGCCGCAAAAAGCCCUCCCCCCCUUUCGUCGUCACCGGGUUUGAUUAUGUUGGACGGACCCCCUUCUUCCUGGGUAUCAAACACAAACAUCCGACCCCGUCUUCGCCGCCGCGUGUCUUCGUCGCCGGAUGUGGAGGUUGUCAAGAGCUCCAAACGCACUAAGACGAUCACCCCCAACGAGAAUGGGAUUCCCCCAGAGGUGGGCACUAGCGAGUCCUCCGUUCUUCGGAAUUCCAACAAAUGA